GUUUUGAGAACGGGCAACAAAUCUGAACAGUUAGAAGAACAGCUUUUAACUUCAAAAAGGCAAACGUCUCAAGAGAAAGAGGAAGAAGUAAGUCAGCAAUUAUUGUCGUGUAAUGAUUGUAAACCUGUAGUGCGUCUCAGGACCUGUUCAUAUGGGGACUAAGUUGUCCCGGAAAGAGGAUCACACCCUCCAAGCCGAGUAAAUGCUAGUGAACGUUCAUAUGAGAAAAACGUUUACCCUUUUGCCCGAGCCAAGAGCGCUUGUGCACGCUCUGAUAGUCUCACCUUGAUAGAGUUCGCCGGACUGGAAGAGCCAAAGUUAGGUUAGCCUACCAUCGGAAAAACGAUUCACCAAAUAAGUUUUGAAAGGAAACUGGGGAACUGUUUGACUCGCGCCCAGGGUAGCUCUGGCAGGUGAGUGAUCCUUGAACCCGAGUUCAGUUUACCCCACACAAACGUGGCCUUAUAAAUGUUUAGUGUAAGGUAUUAGAAUGAUAGACUUAUAACAACUGCGUGACUUAACCAUUACCCCCAACACGGUUGAAUGACUUUCGUUGCUUCUUGGUCUUGCAGGUUUCACAGCUGAUCACUAGAAUUAAGGGAUCAGAAGAGGAGCUUUCAACUGCUAAGCAAAAGGGCCAUGAUGAGAUAAACGAACAACAGGUGAGGAAACAGUCUACUAAAAAAACAGCUCCGCGAAACGCUGCGGCACUUUUCAUGUGAAACGAACUCUGGAAAAUGUUAUUAGUACUUCUGUUUUGUUGCGCUCAUUUUUAGGGAAAUCGGACCUAAAGAAACCACUAAUAAUAAACGGGUAAUAGAAAUAGAAUCCUCGUGGCCCUUUUGCAUGGACCUUAAAGAAGAUUACAGAAGCACAAAUUAAGCAUCUCAGUAUCCCAAUUCUUACAAAUUUCUGCUUUUAAUCAAUGCAGGAAGGUGAUCCCUCUACGGAUACAGUUCAAUUAGCUAAAGAUCGAGAGCAUCGCAUGGAAGUUCGAUUAAGAAACAUCAACGAACAGCUUCACAUAUACGUUACAUCCCCUCUUCAAGUACAAGAAGUAAAACAAGAUCAAGUACCAACAGCUGUAAAACUUGAUAUACUGACAAAACUUAGCGAGCGGUUACAAGAGCUUUACACGGAGGCUUUAGGAGUGGUUAAAAAGGCCGGUAAAUGUAGCGAAGGCUUAAGGAAAGACUUCUAUGACCUUGCCUACCACGGGCUCAGGGCUGAACAUAAUGAACUGGUCCACAGAGUCAAGGUUCUGGAAUCUACCCAGGAGGAGAUGUCUGAGGAGGAAAAGAAGGAAUUUGACAAGCUGCAAUCAUAUCAAAGGGGCAGACAAAGCCAGGUCGACCAAUUGGACAAACUGUGGAGAUAUCUCUUUACCCCGGCAUGUAUUUAUGUUACUGGCUAA